AUGGCAAACACAUUCGAAAACCUCCAACCCCAAAAAGAAGGCCUCUUCAACGCCUCCCCAUCCAUAAACCCACCGCCAGAUCCAGCAACAAAAGAUUACAAACUAAACCACCUCGCCAUCCGAAUUAGUAACCCCGCCGCCUCGCUAAAUUUCUACAUCAACCUCCUAGGCAUGCGACUAAUCUUCACAAUGAACGCCGGCCCCUUCACGAUCUACUACCUCGGCCAUCCCCCACAAGGGGAGGAUAUAAGCGCGUGGGCCCAGAAAACGAGCGAAAUUCCCGUGAUGACGAAAACAAGCGGCCUGCUGGAACUGUAUUAUACGCAUGGGGCGGAGUCCAGUGUAGAGGGUGUUUCUACCGGAAAUGAGCCGCCGCAUCUGGGAUUUUCGCAUCUUGGUUUCACGGUGCCUGAUGUUGAUGUUGCGCUGGGGCGGUUGAAGAGUGCUGGGGUUAGGGUUUUGAAGGAUGUUGGUGUUUGUUCGAGGGAAACGGUGCCCCUUUCGGAGUGGGAGGGGGAGAGGGGGAUUGGGAGAGGGGAGAUCCAUGAGAAUUAUGCUUGGUUCUUCGAAAAGUUUGCUAUGGUGGCUGAUCCGGUGAGUUGGGUUUGA